AUGACUCCUGCAAAGAGGGCGAAGAGCAAAGCGCACAAAAGUGGGAGUGAGAGGCCUGCCAAAGCAGCAAGGGUUGCUUCAUCAGAUUCACAGCUGGUGGCCAGCAAUGCCCCUGAAGCCGCACCACGGGAGCCUUCUACUUCCGUAUCCAUGGAGAGGCGACCCUUCGCGAAACUCUUGCUGGAUGCAAUAAACGCUGACGAACCCCUGACAUUGGAGAGGAGCGAUCCGAUCAUUGAUGCUGUGAGGGUUCCGAUCAAUUCACCCAUCGUUGUUGAGGCAAAGCCGGGCUCGCCACUUCCACCCAUCCUUGAGUUGCCCGGCAUCGUGAUAAGCUCUGCUCAGGUGACUUUACGUCAUAUUUGCCUACAUUCCAGAGCAACGGACAUUGAUCACCCCCUGAUUGAAGUACGGACGGGUGGCCGGAUUGAGCUGACGGACUGCAGGCUUGAGGGUGCUGGUAUUAAGCUACAUACUGGUGCUUCUGCACGCCUGGUGCGUACUCGUAUCUCUGGCUCGUUGCAAGCAGGCAUCUCGGCUGCUGACACACUAGAGGUUUCUUUGGCUGAAUGUGACAUCUCGAAUUGCGAUGGCGAAGGCUUGCAUGUGACCUCAGGCCAGCAGUUGAGUGUUUCAGAUUGUACAUUUUCCAACAACUUGAAGAAUGGCGCGCUCAUCGAUGGCAAGGCUGGACAAUCAGGUUUUAGUGGUUGUACCUUCUCUGCCAACGGUCAGUUCGGUGUUUGGAUAGACUCAGGCAGUUGUGUUUCGUGGAAAAGAAAUUUGAUUACCGGAAACACGCUGGGCGACAUUGGGGGCAGAGGAAGCUUGGAUGGGCAGACGAACGCAUUUGAUGCCGGAGACUCGUGCAUGGUCUGGGUUGAAAAAGUUGCUGAGUGGCUGCCCGGGAAGGUCCUGGAAGUGCUUGAGGACGAAUUUGUGGUUGUUGCUGAGGUUCCUCUAAAAAUGGAUAUCGCAGAAGCAGGUGUCAUGCGUCGCACCCGCCAGAAGGCCCCUGAGCCGAAAAGGGAAGUGAGGAGCUUGGAGAUCAAAGUGCCACCAGACGCUGUACGUCUCCCAAAGUCUUCUGAAGAAGCUCCGCCCGCCUGGUCCAAGAAGACCUCUACCUACCGGCGAAGGAAGAGCGCUUUCCUACACUUCCUGCGUGAAGGCGGCAAAGGGGUAGCAGCAUGGAAGGCACUUGAUGGCAAAGAGCGAGUGCGCUUCCAGACAAAGGCAAGGAAGGAGAAUAAAGACAAACCCUUGAAUCCUCCUGAUAAAUUAAGCGUGCAAGGUGCUUCAAUUACCCCAUCAGGUCCUCAUACAGAGGGCCGUGUACAAAGGCCAGCGAGGAAAUCUGCAUCUGUCUUGUUCCCUCGCACAAAGCACCGAAAUUAA